AUGACCUCUGGGCGAUGGCGUCCCUGGGCAGCGAGGUCACUGAUCACUAACCAAACAUUAAAGUGGACUUUUACCACUAGAUACCGAACACUGAGAGUUCAGACUUGUCAUUUCAUUUUGGGUCCAUACAAGAGAAGAGCUCAGUCCAGUGUCGCACAAUGUACAACCAGAUGUCUUUGAAGAAGAUGACUUCCAUCCAGUCGGGGUCCAUAAAGACUAGCAGUGUUAGCAGUGGAGUUUACCACAAGGUAUCAGGUGGUGGCUAUGCUUCCAGUGUCUAUGCCGGGGCAGGGGGACUGGGCACCAAAAUUUCAUCCACUCAAUAUAAUGCUGUGGUCGCCGGUGGAUACAUUCAAUAUGGAGGUAUUGGAAUCAUGGGGAAUGAGAAGGUGACCAUGCAGAAUCUCAAUGAACGUUUGGCCAGCUACAUACACCAAGUGCACUCCUUGGAGGAGGCCAAUGCCAAACUAGAUGGGCAGAUAAGGGAAUGGUACAGCAAGAACAGCGGAGGCUCUGAAAGAGAUGACAGACGUUACUUCAAAACUAUUGAGGAGCUAAGACAACAGAUUCUGGACGCAAGCAUAGAAAAUGCAAGAUAUUUUCUUGAGCUUGAUAAUGCAAGGUUGGCUGCAGAUGACUUCAAAAUUAAGCUUGAGAAUGAGCAAGGGAUCCGACUAACAGUAGAAAAAGACAUUGUUGAAUUACGCAAGGUUAUUGACCAGCUCACAAUUGCCAGGACCGACCUAGAGAUGCAAAUCGAGCAUCUGAAUGAAGAAAUUAUCCAUCUAAAGAAGAACCACAAAGAGGAAAUUCAUGAGCUCCAUAAACAAGCAACAGGAGCUGUCAACGUGGAGAUCGAUGUAGCGCCACCUGUGGAUCUUGGUAAAAUCAUGGAAGAGAUGAGGGCGCAAUAUGAGCAGCUGGUUGAAAAACAGCGACUGGAGGCUAAAACUGUGUAUGAAAAAAAGGUGGAAGAGUGGAAUAUAGAGGUACAAAUAAACACAAGCGAGUUAGAGAAGUGCAAGAAAGAACUGAAGGUAUACAGACAAAAAGAGCAAGAACUCAAGAUCGCAUUUGAGGCUGAACUCAGUAAGAAAACUGUUGUAGUUACUAUGCUGGAGAAUAUCGAGGCUAGCUAUGCCACACAGCUGGCAGAAGUGCAAGAAUAUAUUGAUAACAUUGAGACACUACUUCAGAAAACACGUCGAGACGUUGGCCACCAGACCUCUGAAUUUACUCUCUUGCUGAGCUUGAAGAACAAACUAGAGGCUGAAAUUGCAACAUAUCGUAGUCUCCUGGAUGGAGCCACAAGCUCAAUACCCAAAUGAAGAUGCCCUAAAAAAUUCAUGGAAGGAACACAAAACCUGCUGAAUGUAUGUCAAUAAAGCUAUACAGCAG